CUUACUUGUAAAAUGUUGUUCUUAACUCUUUGAAUGUCUGUGAAGCGUCAGCUGUGGAUAACAUGCCUCCUGUAUAGAUGUGAGAUUUGUUCUUUGUUAGGUUGUGCAAUGGCAAUACAGCUGUUACCUUGCGGUCUGCCCCUCGCCUGUUGGUAUUAUACUCUUCGACAUGAUGUCGCGCCUAAACAUGAAUAUAUAUCUCCGAGGCGUCGGCCAUGUUGUGUUGAUACAGCUGAUAUCAUUUACCCAUUACGGAUGCUGGGUGCAUCUCGACCCUAAGAGGUAAUGGAAUGGACUCAUUAGGCCACAAAUGUUCCCAUCCAAGGACAUCUUCCAAGGACUUUAGCAGAAAUCGACACGUGUGUUCUUUUCCUUCUUAUUAGCGGUUUAUAAUAAGUAUCCUUUGAUACAGCAGAGAUAUGCGUUU